AGCAUGUGCCGAUGUCGCCCAGCAACCUGGGCCGCAGGGCACCCUGUUCCCAUGGUGCUGCAGCCAGCUGUGACUGCUGAUGUCCAGGGUCUACGCAGCCGGGCUGCCCAACGGGUACAGGGCCCAGAGCCCAGUGCUUUCUCCUGCCUGCAGGCGCCAGCUCGGGGCCUGGGAACGACGGGGCCCUUUCUGCCGCCAUGGGCUGGCACCAGCUGCUCCCCCUCUACCCCCUCACUCUGUGCCAGGCAGCAGCUCUUCCCUUCGCUCUUCUGUUCCGCUCCCUCUGCACCUUGGAUGCGUUUUCCACUCAUGCCAGGCACCUGUUUCUCCUGGCUGGGGGAGGCAUGCUGGCCUGGGCCGCCAUGGGGUGCCAUGCCGUGCUCGUCUUCAUCCCUGCCGUGUGUGCUGUGGUCCUCAUCUUGUCACUCAGUGCACAGGACGUGCACAGGUGGGUCUUCCUCUUCCAGAUGGGCUGGCAGAGCCUGUGCCACCUCGGCCUGCACUACACAGAGCACUACCUGCAGCAGCCGCCAAGUUCCAGGUUCUGCACCGCCCUGUCCGCGCUCAUGCUCCUGACCCAGAGGGUCACGUCCCUCUCCUUGGACAUCUGUGAGGGGAAAGUGGCGACAGCAGGCCCCCGGAGCAGGUCCUCUUGGUCUGGGAAUCUGGGUGAGGCCCUGACCUACCUGAGCUACUUGCUCUUUUUCCCUGCCCUCCUGGGAGGGCCUCUGUGCUCCUUCCAGACGUUCCAGGCUCGAGUCUGCAACGGCAGUCCUGCAGGUCCUGGGCACGCUGCCCGGGCUCUGGCCUGGCCUGGCCUGCAGCUGCUCAGUUUGGAGGGCCUGAAGGUGGCUGUGAGGGUGCUACUGGGAGCCAGCCCAGGGCUGGCUGGCUGCCGGCAGCUGGAGUGUGUCCUGGUCGUGUGGGCCACAGCCGGGUUCUUCAAGCUGACCUACUACUCACACUGGACGCUGGACGCAGCCCUGCUCCAGGCAGCUGGCUUUGAGCCUGUGUGUGAGGAGCAGGGCCCAGACGCGGACAUCUGGACGCUGGAGACCGCCCACCGCAUCUCAGUGUUCACCAGGGCCUGGAACCGCAGCACGGCGCGCUGGCUGAGGCGGCUGGUGUUCCAGCGCAGUGCACGCUGGCGGCGGGCACUCACCUUCGCCUUCUCGGCCUGGUGGCACGGCCUGCACCCCGGCCAGGCACUCGGCUUCCUGUGCUGGGCUGUGGCAGUGGAGGCCGACCACCUGGUACAUGCCUAUGCCCGGAAGUGGGCCAGCUCUGGGCCCCCACGGCUACUGUGCAGGGUGCUGGGCUGGGUGCACACGCAGCUCACCACGGCCUACAUCUUGCUGGCCGUGCAGGCCCACUGCCCCACCACGCUCUGGCAGCUCUGCACCUCCUGCGGCAUCGUCUUUCCCCUGGCCCACUGCCUCGUGCUGCUGCUGUUCGCCAAGGGCAAGCGCAAGUGGGACUGA